GGAAAGGACCGAAAGUAAAAUUGUAUCACCAUUAGAUUUGGCCAAUGUUGCCAUUAGGCAAACCUAGUGUUAAUGAAACCAGGAGGUUCUUGUUUGGGGCCUUGACUGGACAGGUUUGGGCUAGAAACCACUUGAAGUAUUGGUCAUCCAUCUGAUCAUCAAGUUUUUUUUUUUUUUUUUUGAUGUGGAGUCUCACUGUGUUGCCCAGGCUGGAGUGCAAUGGCACGAUCUCAGCUCACUGUAACCUCCGCCUCCCAGGUUCUCCUGCCUCAGCCACCCAAGUAGCUGGGAUUAUAAGCAUGCACCACCACACUUGGCUAAAUUUUUAUAUUUUUGGUUGAGAUGGGGUUUCACCAUGUGGCCGGGCUGGUCUCAAACUCCUGGCCUCAAGUGAUCCACCUGCCUCGGCCUCCCACAGUGCUGGGAUUCCAGGCGUAGCUGCCGCUCCCAGCGUGUUCUUCAGGUUUUUACUGAGUAUCUAUUAUGUGCUGAUAUUGAGGUAGACUCUGGGGGUCUCAGCAGUGAAUGCAGCUGCCCGAAUGCGUCGUGAAGGCCGGGGUCUCACUGGGGAGAUGGAAAUGAACAGCAAACACACACACAGCGAGGAAAGCCAGGGGUCUGUGCGGGGAUGCCGCUGGACGCGAGAACCAGCCAAGACUUAUGGCCCCUGCAGCCACCGAGGGCUCGAGAGCACCCCCGUGGACUUGGCUGGGCCCUUCAUGGUGACAUCCAGGAACGUGGGUGAGCGCGGGUAUUGUCCUCGCUGUUUGCUGGAGUCAGUGUUUGGGUUCUUGGACCAUGUCAGUGAUGGCUGUGUCACCGUGGCCUCGCUGUCCCCAGGAAAACCUAACGUGCACCCCGCGCCUGUCCUCUGGGACUGCCAUCAUCCUACUUUGUCUGACCCCUGGGGGGCUUACCGUUUCCCCGGGGCAGCACUGGCUGUGGCCCUCAGCCCUGCUCUGGGCAGCCAUGUCAGCAUCCUCCCUCGGCGCUCCCAACACCCCACCUGGCUCUGUGAUGGCCACCCUUGAGUCCCUUGACUCCUGAAUGCCCCAGUAAGGGAAGAGAUUUAAGAGGAACCUUGACUCCCACCAUUCUGCACAGUCGUUGGUCCCUCCUCCACCCGGGGCCCUCCAUGGGAUUUCUGUCCACACCCCGAGCCAGCAACCCCUCUCAGUUCCUGCAGCUGGAGCGCCCCUCUCUCUUGAACAUUCAGACACCUGCGUCUCUCACCACAGCUGGAGGGCUAGAGCGUCUUCAGUCGACUCGCCAUCCCUGCCACGACUGGAGGCUACGUGUCCCAGAACCUAUCUUGCUGGGAUGGGAGUUGGGGUGGCAGAUGCUGAAUGCAUGUGAGGUUUGGGGGAGGACGAGCGGAGCUGGGGUGUGUGGGAGGUACUGGUGGCCACCGUGAGGAUGGUCACACCCCAUGGCUUUGUUGAUGCGGUGGCUAUAGCAGGCCCAGUGGCUCCGCUGAGCCUCCCUAGCACCGGUGCCAAGUGAAGUGUUGGGGGGCUGGACACAGGUGGCCUCGGUUCCUGGGACUCCCCCAACGCUCUGGUUUCCUCCCUGCUCCCAGGCUUCAGGUGGAUGAGUUAGUGACCAUCCCCACUCCAGACCUGCCUCCCCCAGCCACCCCCACAGUUGUAAAAACCCUUCAUUCUCAUAUGGAACCCUCUUUCCUGAAAUCCAUGGAGUAACUGACUGCUUUCUUGAAUGAAUCUGGACUGGACCACGUGACAGUCGCUGCACAGAGCAGCUCAGCUCCUCUGUCUCAGCCUCCCCGACUUCACAGCAGGCUCUGGGCAUCAUCUCCGUGUCAUCCUAAGGCCACGGGCGGGGUUCGCAUCAAACAGGAGAGCAUCUCUCCCGAGAUGAAGCCUUCUGAUAGCCCCAGAACCAAGAGGAACUGUGUGGGGUUGGGUGGGGGUGUUUAGUGUGCACUCCUGAUGUUCUCUCCCAGUGAAGGACACCCAUGUGGGACAUUGUGGCCCCUGGCCCUCCCUCCUUCCCUUGGUGGCACAGGGAACUUCCUGGUGGGUGACAGCCCAUGGUCCACCCUUGCCAGGUGGAUUCAGACAAAAUAUGCCAGGCUGUGUGCUGAAGGCAUCCCAUCUCUUCCUUGUCCCCUCUCGGCUGGAUCGGGGUGAGGCAGGGGGUGGUGAGUGUGUCUGUCCUGCCAGCUCAGCCUCCAAUGGGUCUGCUCCGGGGCAGGAGCCCACCUGACUGUCCUGCAGAGCUGCACGGCCUGCCUUGCCUCACUCAUAACAACAGAGACUUUGGUUCUCCAUCUGCA